UUAAAAACUACAAAAGCUACAACAUUCUCUGCAUAAAGUAUGUCACGUGAUGAUGGAUUAGGGGGGGGAGGGGGAGUAUCAUGAGCAGCAUAUAAAACGGCAGGGUUGAGCACAGUGGCGGGCUGGAGAGUGUGACGCAUAUCAGUACAGUCACUUGUAGCACUCGCGCGAGUAACAGUUACCACCACUCGAUCAAUAACACCCCUCACUGUUCCUCCCAUGUGUAGUGCCGCAUUUAACCUAGAUAUUCUUGCACACAAUUUAUUAAACCUGAAUGCUUUGAGAAGGGUAACUUGGCCAAGGUAAUGUAAAAAUAAGGCGUAACAAGUGACAGUGCGCGUGGCGUGAACUGGCUGGUGUGGCUGAAGGACCUGAAAGUAAACUAUGUUGAGCAGUCAGUGAUGGUGCGGUACACGGCAGGAAUGACGGAACACUCGGCUGCAGAGGAGGGAGGGGCAGUAAGUGCAGCAGGGGAGGAGGCCAUCAGGGCAAUCCUGGCAUCACUGCGGGAGUCCAUGAAGGGAGAGGAGGGCAGCGGAGGAAUUGUGGCCCCACCCAUGGACCCUAUGGCCUUGGAGACUCAGGUCAUUGCUCAUCAGAACUCUGCUCUUAAUAUCACUGUCAGACUGUACAAUAUGAGCCUUACUGGCCUCUCGGAAUUUAUUAUUGAAGAUGUACGAGUUAAUGUCCAGUUGCUAACAUUAAUAGUAUGUCUUGGUAUUGACACACUCCAGCUUAAUGGGGAGUAUGACCUCCAGGGUAAGCUUUUGAAGGUGAUUCCAAUCUCAGCUCGAGGACCAUUUACAGUCACAACCAACAAUGCAAAGGUUACUCUUCGGGUUAAGUUGAAAGAAUGUCGAGGACGUCUAGAGGUGAGAGAUUUGACCAGUGACCUUAUCUUAGAGAGUGUACGAUGUCGCCUCUCACAGAUGACCGGAGGUGCCCUGGUUAGCAGAUUCUUAAAUUCUGUAUUGACUGAUGUUCUUAGACAAGAGAGGCAGCGUCUUGCGCAUGACCUCAGUGUUGUGCUUAAGACGUUGCUAAAUAAGGAGCUUGGGAAUUUCAAUCUUGGUGUAUCCCUCCAGCUUUUGCGCACCAGUGAUAAGUUUAUGCGGCGAGGUUCAUUAUAUUAGUCACACAUUUGAAAAAGAUCCCCCAUCCAUCUUGUCUUUUGUAAUGGAUAUCAGGUAUUUUGUAACUUAAUACAGAAAAUCUUAAAAGCUGACAUUUGGUAGAGCUGUCUUUUAGAUAAAACAUGCACUCUGAUUACAGUGAUAUUCCAGAGUGGUCACUCCACUUUAAUGAAAAUUAUAAGUUUUCUUACUUGAAAGAGAGAAAGGAAAACCUUAAGUGACCAAGAAAUGAUCAUACAUUGUUUCAGUGCAGGCUGGAUGGCACUGAUUGAGCAAGAAAAGUUAUCUCACUGAGUGAGUGAGUUGAUUCAUCUGUCAAGAUUACUGCUCAUAGAGCUGACAGACACAGCUAAAAUUGAAACCACUCAAGUUUUGAAGGUGGUAUUAGUUUUAUAUAGUACCUGUUAUAACAGUCAGUAUUAAAAGUCAAGUUCUUGUUAUCAAGGAAGGUACAAUGUAUUUCAAGUAGAAAUUUGUUUUUGUAUGCUAUUGGUAUAUUGCAGUCAGGUAUUGAGAUUUUUCUCACUAAAAUCCUCAGAUCAUUUUUAUGGGAUGCAAGAACCAAAUAGUAACAAUUACAAUGAUGUGCCAACAUCUUGAGAAAAUUUGGUUGCCAAAUACAUGUACACGCUUUGUUCUAAUUGACUUUGCAAUGUGUACGUGUUUUAUAUUUUAGUUGAAUAGAAUUGCAGUUGAAUGUACAUUUUUCAUUCGUGCCAGGAAAUUCAGCAUGUACAGUACUAAUUAUUUAUUAAAAAGUUGGAAUAUUCAAUAUGACUUGCAUUGUUCAUGAGAAUUUUUUUUUUAUUCUCUUAUUUAGGAAACAUCUUACCGUGGAAGCAAGUUAAGUACAGCACAUCCCUUUUUUAAAUAGAAGAAGUGAAUGUGGUACAAGUAUAUGUGCACAAACAAGAUUUUAAACUUAAGUACUGUAUGCCUGUUAACAAUAAAGGAUUAUCUCUCUUAAUUUCAAAAGGCGAUAAGUGUGUAGUUGUAGGUUUGUCAGUCAGGGGGAACUUUGAGUAUUGUGACUUCUAUGUCUUUGAUAGCAUUUGAUUUUGUUUCCCCUUUUAUUUAAAUCCAAAAAUUAUGAUAUGACACUGAAUACAGGUACUGUAUCAGGGUUAUUGCAGCUACUGCAAAUACCUUUUUACAUUACCUGGUAUUAUAAUUUGCAUUUAUAGAUACCGGUACAUUGAACCCUCGUCAAUUCGAUGUUCACAAUUAAUAUUUUUGGUCUAAUUUGAUAUUUUUUGUCAUUGUAGAAUUUGCAAGAUGAUUUCUUGAUUAAAAAAAAUCAAAUUUAAUUUCAGAUUCUUAACAUAACUCAUGCCUUCUAUUAUGUAAUGAGAGAUAUGUUCUACUGUAAUGAAAAAAAAACCUCCAGAAGCAAUAAAAUGACUGAAGAGCAAUGUAAGAAAAUAUUGUAGGAAAAACAGUACAUUACUUACUUUACUUUUAUCCUCUUCACCACUGAUCGGCUCGUUAGCCGCUUGGGCGAUCAGUCACAUCUGUUAUUUUUCUUUUUCUUUUGUCCUCUUCACCAAAUAAUCGGCUCGUU